AUGUGCGUACUCCAGAGCGGGCUGAAAGAAAAUUUUGCUGAUGUGCAAGUCUCUGUGGUGGACUGCCCUGACCUUACCCAGGAUCCUUUUCGGUUUCCUGUUAAGGGAAUCUGUGGUAAACCUCGAAUAACAGAUGUGGGAGGUGUUCCAUACCUGAUCCCAAUGCCAAAGCAAGAUAAGAUCUAUAACAUGAAUGCGGUUGCUAAGGAAAUAGAAUUACCUGGGGCCUUCAUUCUUGGAGCUGGAGCAGUCUCUUCUAGAACCCUAGGGAUGAAUGCUGAGCUGAUGCCUGUGGUCCAGACGGAAGGUGAAGGGAAGGCCGCAGUGAAUGGCAGUUACUAUUCUACAAUAAACCCGUCAGACGGAGCGUGUCUACAGGAGAAGUAUAGUGAUAAAUACAGUGACUGUGACUUUGGACUGCUGGCUAAUCUUUACGCUUGUGAAGGGAAGACUGGGAAGGUUAUUGAAGUCCGUGCUAACCGAAGGACAGGACAGAGCAGCCUGGUGACGUCUAUGAGGAAGACACUGGAAAAGCAAUACAGUGAGAAAUCUGUAGGGAUGGGCGGGACCUUCGUGAUUCAGAAGGGGAAAGCCAAAAUCCACAUCAUGCCUCCCGAGUUCUCCGCCUGUCCCCUGCACACAGACGAGGAUGUGAAUAAGUGGCUGAAACAUUUUGAAAUGAGGGCGCCCCUUAUCUGUCAGCCAGUGCUGGUGUCCCGAGACCCGGGCCUGGACCUUCGAGUGGAGCACACUCACUGUUUCAGUCACCACGGAGAGGGGGGUCACUACUAUAUAGACACAACGCCAGACAGCGUCGAGUACCUGGGAUACUUCCUGCCUGCUGAGUUUCUGUACCGCAUCGACAGGCCCGAGGACACGCACGUGGUUGGCCGAGAAUGAGCUCGGCGCGUCUUACAACUACUGUUUAUAAAAACAAAACUGUUUUAAUAAUUGUAUCCAUCAUUAAAUGCAAGGAUCUGCUUGAAUGUAACCUGCAAUCAAUCACUGGCAGCAAUACCUAAGAUGUAACAUCACCCCUGUGUUAUAAUAAAAUAAAACAAUCUUAUAAAUAGAUGCA